AUGCUCUUCGCUUCCGCCAGCCUCAAUUGUACCGAAGAACAGCUCGCCUUUGUGGAGGGCUCCAGGCUCCGACAGAUGCUGCGAGGGGUGAAUGCCAUCGCCCAAUCUGAGCCCGUGGCAUUGGCCUUUGAAAGUCUUUACGAAGACCUGGCACCUGUGCGCUUUGCUUGCGACGUGCUCUAUUGGCGUCUGGAGCGGCCUUUGGCGGAUGCAGCUAGUCAUUCUUCUGUGCUGUUGGAGGCCAGAAGCAGCGAGGAUUUGGCUGCUGCGAGAGAGCUCUUUGAAGUUUUGGAUAAAGACACUCGAAAAGAGCCAGACUGA